GUUUGAAAGUCUUAAUUCUGCAAAAUGGUGAGAUUGCACGUGAAGAAAGGUGACGAGAGCCAAUUUUUAUAUGACACCAACGUAGAUGCAAGUGUCGACGAUGUCAUACGCGAUAUCGCAAUAAUUUACAAUGGUCGUUUGAAGAUCUCGAGGAUCUGUUACGAGAUCGAGGAGCUGGCUAAGCACGGCACCAUGUUACCACCUGAGAUAAUGGGCUUAACGGACGAGCAGGUCGAGGAGCUCAAGCUCAAGGACGAAUGGGCCGACAAAUGUUCGCCCAUGGGCGGCUGGACUUUCAACAAAGACAAGAUCGGUCGUAGGAAUGGUAGACAGCCUAACGAAAAGAUGCAGGAGGUGCUGAAGAAAACUAUCGAGGAAGCACGUACUAUAACAUCAAAAAAAUUAGUGCAACAAGAGAAAUUGGUCACCCAGAAGACGGUUCAAGAGGCUCUAGAUAUAUUAAGAGGUGCUGUCAUGAUCGUUUAUCCGAUGGGACUUCCGCCACAUGAUGUGAUACUUAAAGAAUUCGAAAACACCGAGGAUCUCACCGGUACUCAAGCAUCUCUUGAGGUAAUCGAUGUGCAAUUGGCUCAACUGUGGUUCUCCGGAAAGGAGUUAUUACCGGGGAGGAAAAUGAAGGACUUCCUAGGUAAUAACGAGAAGACCAAGGUCAUCGUAAAGCUGCAGAAGAGAGGAGCUGGAAAACCAGCGAGGGAGCCGCUAAUGUCAGAGGACGAACGGAAGGAAUUGAUGCUGAGCGCUUAUCGUCGUCAGGAACAACUGAAGGUAAGUACCUCUGUAUGAUGAGUAUCUUCGUCCUGGAUGAAUCAUCCAGAAUAGUAUAUAUCUGUCUGUCACCGAAAAUAAA